AUGAAACCAGAGGAAGAACAAGAAAAACUUGAUGAAGAUGAAAAUAGCCAUUCACAGGUCAAAGAACAAAUUAAUUACGUGAACAACCUGGAUGACUUAACUCAGUUGUCUGAGACUGUUUCUGAGGAUGGUGACGUGCUUUACUCCAUGAAUUCCACAUUGCAAGUAGAACCUCUCGAUGUGGAGUGUAAAGGAAGGACCACAGUGUGCAUCCAGAGGGGCCCUGGGGCCAGGGCUGAUUAUUUCCUGCCUUGGAGGCAAGACCUUGCUGACAACCCUGUUCAUUCGGUGGAAACAAACCUAUGUGUGAGAAUAAUUAUUUUAAAUCUGCAUUUUAGACUUGAAAUUGAAAAUGCCAAGUUAAAAACUAUAGUCAAAAAGCAAGUGGACAAAGUUGAACAACUUCAGAAAACCCUUUCAAGUACAAGAUUGAUUGAUCAUCUUCCAGCAGAGCUGGGAGCUGGCUGUUCACAGUGUCUGCACCUGGAUGCAACAUAUCAAGUUCUUCAACGGGAGUUGUUAUCAAUGAAAGGAUGGCAAAGGAAAUGUGAGAAACUAGAGAAAGAGAGCAGGAAGUUGGAGCAAGAAGUAGUGAAACUCAAAAGUCAUACAGAACUGAAGAUGAUAGAACACACUCAAGUUGAGCAGUAUAAACGGGAGAUUGAAGAAAGAGCACGACAGGACCUCAUAGAGAAAUUGAAAGAAGUCAACCUAUUUUUGCAGGAAAAAUGAGAGGCUGGCAGAGAUGAGCACCAAACUUGAGGUGGAGAAACAGCAGAGCAGAUCUUUACUCAGAGCUCUCACCACGAGGCCAGUCCUGGAGCCCCCUUGCAUUGGAAAUUUCAAUAAUACUGAAAUGUUCAAAACAAAUCUUUGUCCAAGAGCAAAUGUAGAGUUUUCUACCUCAGUUCCACUCCUGUCAAAUAACAGCAUGGUAACUUCCUUGAUGGAGGUUAUUUCUAUUAUCUUUUUUUUUCCUUGGGUUUCAGAUUUCUUGUAUGAAUGAUUCUUGGUUUUAAUUUGAACUUCUGAGUUGUUUAUUUGACUUAUAUCCACUAAGUAAAAGUCAUGAUUAAUAAAAAUUGUGAUUGUUUUUUCUCCUAGAUUUCUCAUUUUUAAGAGAUACUCAUUAACUUCUUAAAUUUACUGAAAAGCUGGAUUUAAAUUCUACUAUAGAAAUGAAAUCUUAUUGCCAAGUAACCGAAAGUAUACUUUCAGAUGUUUGACUUAAUUGAUUUCACUUUGGCAGUGCUUCAUAAUCAUUUCUGAGCUCUGCUGCGCCCACCGCAGUUUUUCUACCCCUAAGCAUAAGUGAAUGACUGGCAUCUAAACAUUAACCACAUAUGGGUGUUUUUUUAUUUGAAGGAAUCCUAGCUAAAUCCUUUUUAUGAAUUAAACAAACUUGUAAUACUAAAUCGAAAGAUUAAUUUUUGAUUUUAGGUUAUCAUUUUUUGUCAUUUUCUUACACAGGAGUACAUCUUUAAUUGCUAUUUUACUUAUAGCCUUUUUAUUUAAAUUUCUAGAAAAUAUCUUUCUGAGCAAUUGUAAAAUGUUUCUAAAUUUGUAGUUAAAGGAAACAUUAAAAUUUUUUAAAUGAAACUCCCUUUUGUCUCUGUCUUGACAGCAUCUGGAUGAAUGAUGACUAAGGUAGUAAUGAUGGGGAGUCUUUAAAUUGCAACUAGUUUUCAUCAUGUACCCAUUGUGAUUAAAAUAUCCAGUCAAUGCACAUGGGUUUAUGGUUUUGAUGGUGUUUUCAUGAUGUUGGUGAUGCAGAGAAAAGUUCAGUUUAGUUUAGUCGCUCAAUUGUGUCUGACUCUUUGUGACCCCAUGGACU